UUUUUAUUUUAUUUUUUUUUUGGCCGCUUGCAGUCCGCAUCUUUGUUGCAAAACUAGCUCCAGAGGAGAGGCAAGGCAAAGUCUUUUGUGCUUCCCCUCCCCCCCAGCAAAGCAAAGGGGAAAAUGUCUCAGGCGAGAGGCAAGAAGAGAAACCCUGGGCUGAAAAUUCCUAAAGAAGCAUUUGAGCAACCACAGACAAGCUCCACGCCACCCAGGGAUCUAGACUCCAAAGCCUGCAUCUCUAUUGGUGAGGAGAACUUUGAGGUGAAAGCCGAUGACCUGGAGCCCAUCUCCGAGCUGGGACGAGGUGCGUACGGGGUGGUGGAGAAGAUGCGGCACAUGCCUAGCGGGCAGAUCAUGGCAGUGAAGCGCAUCCGAGCCACGGUGAACAGCCAGGAGCAGAAGAGGUUACUGAUGGACCUGGAUAUCUCCAUGAGGACGGUAGAUUGCCCCUUCACUGUCACCUUUUACGGGGCACUUUUCCGAGAGGGAGACGUGUGGAUCUGCAUGGAGCUGAUGGAUACCUCACUGGACAAGUUCUACAAACACGUCAUUGACAAAGGCCUGACGAUUCCUGAGGACAUCUUAGGGAAAAUAGCUGUCUCUAUCGUAAAAGCACUAGAACAUCUACACAGUAAGCUCUCCGUCAUCCACAGAGAUGUAAAGCCCUCUAACGUGUUGAUCAAUACACAGGGGCAGGUGAAAAUGUGCGAUUUUGGAAUUAGCGGUUACCUCGUUGACUCGGUUGCUAAAACCAUGGAUGCGGGAUGCAAACCCUACAUGGCUCCUGAAAGAAUUAACCCGGAGCUGAACCAGAAGGGGUACAGCGUCAAAUCUGAUAUCUGGAGCCUGGGGAUCACAAUGAUCGAGCUGGCCAUCCUGCGCUUUCCCUACGACUCCUGGGGGACACCCUUCCAGCAGCUCAAGCAGGUGGUGGAGGAACCGUCGCCGCAGCUCCCAGCAGACAAGUUUUCGUCGGAGUUCGUCGAUUUUACCUCGCAAUGCUUGAAGAAGAAUUCCAAAGAACGGCCAACAUACCCAGAGCUUAUGCAACAUCCUUUCUUCACCCUGCACGAAUCCAAAGAGACAGACGUCGCCUCUUUUGUCAAACUCAUCCUGGGAGACUGAGAACUGGACUUGUAUAUGAAUUGCCCUUCUGUGGACUGGAUAUCCAAAGGUUUAUCACUGCUGCUGAGAGAAGGGGACAGUACACCUUUUGAAACUUCAACCACUGUAACCGUUUUCCAGAUGUGUGUGUGUGCGCGUGUGUGUUAAACUCUGCACUGUGUGUGCGUGUGUUCUGCUGAAUAUUGUGUGCAUCUAAGAAGUGCUUCAAACAACUGCCUGGAAGUCAAAACCAACCACCUCUUUCCAGUCAUAUGUUUGCCGUGACUUUUCAUAACCACACUUGAACUAGUGGUCUUGGAUUAAAUAUUCAAAGAGCAGGGCAUCUUUAUAGCAAUGCUAUGUCAGUCAAAUUAAGAAAAA